UGUGUAAAUUAACUCCGAUUGAUGAAGUUGUACUUUAAGAAUAAUUAGGAUGGCUGUGACUGACCCCUUCCGUUUUUGUCUGUGGAUAAUUUUCACCAUCAUUAUUAUCGAUAAAACAACUUGCACACCCAACAAUCAAGGGCAUGAAAACAGUGUAGAUGUGGAAAAAUCAAAACAAAGUGGCAUUCAGCGCAUUCUCAAACAGAAUGUCAGCCCUCAGGAAGCACAAUCUAUAAAGGAAGCACAGGAAAACCUUCAGCAGAUUUACCUAGAGAAAAUCAAACCUCUGGCUGAUAUAUACCACUUUUCAGACCUAAACUGGGGUGCUUUUUCAGAGGGUGACAUUUUUGCCAAGCCUAUGAUUGUCUUCCUUGGUCCAUGGAGCACUGGAAAGUCAACCAUGAUAAACUACUUUCUGGGCAUUGAAGGCAGCCCUGAAAAGCUGAACACUGGUGCAGAGCCAACUACCAGUGAUUUUUCAGUAACACAUGGGCCUGAGUACCGUGUCAUUCAAGGUAUUCAGCUAGUUGCUGACAAGAACAGAAACUAUGGUGGCCUUCAAAAAUUUGGUCUGAAAUUCCUGGAACGGUUUCAAGGUACAGAGAUUCCAUCAAAACUUCUUGAGAAAGUUACAUUAGUGGACACCCCAGGUAUUAUUGAGAACAAGAAGCAGCAAGAACGGGGCUAUCCAUUCAAUGAGGUGUGCCAGUGGUUUAUUGAGAGGGCUCAGCUGGUCUUCCUUGUCUUUGACCCAUCUAAACUGGAUAUGGGCUCGGAGCUAGAGACUCUGUUCAACCAGCUGAAGGGACAUGAAGGAAAACUUCGCCUGAUUCUCAACAAAGCAGACACAGUGUCUCCACAAGAGCUGAUGCGCGUGUAUGGUGCGCUCUUCUGGGCCUUAGCACCGCUUGUAAAUGAGGUGGAACCACCUCGUGUGUAUGUAGUAUCACUAUGGUCAUCUCCCUUUAGACCAGGAACAAUGCACUCUUUGUUUCAUGACGAAGAACAAGGGCUUCUGAAAGAUUUGGAGCGAACUAUUAACUUCCACCUGGAGAAUAAGAUCGCUGCAGCUAGACGGCAUGCAUUCCUUGUUCGCUUACAUGCCUAUGCAGUUGACACAUACCGCCAAGUUUUCAAGUCUAAGAAGUCUUUGAUUGGUGACAAUGAUAAAUUAUGGGCAGAGAUUUUGCAAGCACCCGCAAAGCAUUCUGUCUUUAGUAAACUGCAGCAACAGUCUGGUGUUAGUGAGCAUGAUUUACCAACACCUAGUACCUAUGCGCAUUUCUUCUCUGUCAAUCCCCUAGAGGACUUUUCUGCCCUGUUUUCUCGUUGGACCUUUUGGGAGGAUAAUAUGGAUCUUCUUAAUAGUGCAAUUAAUGUAGACUUGCCAAAUCUUUUACAUAAGCUCAAAACGGCAAACACAGCGCAGGGGUAUUGUAAAAAAGACUCAGGGCAGUGUUGACAUGUUUGUUCUCUAGAGAAUGCUAGUUAUAGUAGUUCAAAGUAAAUAUUUUGCUCUUACCAGAGUACAUUUUUGACAAGUUUUAUCUGUACUAGUCUUGAGAGAGAAGAUGUAUGUUAAUUGCUUUCUUAUCUUAGAAGUGACUUAUUUGUCCGUUUAAUUUAUACUCUGUGCAGAUUACAGUUUUGCCUCAUUAUUUGCUCACCUAAAUUUUUAUUUUACACGUAUUUCGUUUUAAAUUUGCAAUAUUUAUUCAUUGAGCUAAAGGAUUUUGCAUGUCAUACUAGUCUAUGUGUGGAAGUGCUAAUAGUUCUUACAUUUCUGUUGAGAUUUAUAUUUUAAAGGCUUGUUAAGGUUAGACUAUGAUUGAUUGUCAGUCUCCGUGUGAAAGGUUUCCUUCAAUCAGAUUGUUAUGAUGUAGGUGUUACUGAUGUGGAUCCUAUACACACUGAAACUGUUUACUUACUUGAUUUGCAGGUAGAUAGUAAAUAUGUAAAAGCCACAAAAGGUACAUGCAUAAACCCUUCGGUGCAAUAAAAAAGAUAGUACUACUUGUUCUUUUUCAUAUUAUUUUCUGCAAUUUGCAAAAUACUGGGUAACAAAAAUUUAACCAAAUUGCAGACUAUAUUUUAAAUUUAUUUAUUAUGCAGUACUAUUGUACGUUGUAGCAUCAAUUACUUCGUCUCCUGAUUAGUACCAAUCAAGCGUAUCUACUAUUGGAAUUAUAGCCUAAUUAUAUAUGUUUCCAAGUC